AUGAACACCUCCGGCUCGAAUCGACUCCCCAUCCUUGUUCUCUUUCUCUUUGCGUUUUUUAUCGACCAAACCUACGGCGCUUCCUCCCUCCAAAACCAUCGUCGGCAUGCUAAGGCCACCGAUGGGCAUUGGGUUGCUGCUUGGACUUCGAUGCCCCAGUUGACCGAGCCAGCGAACUUACCGAACCCACCUUUCAAUACCAGCGGUCGCGUUUUCUCCAAUACCACUAUCCGACAAACUAUUCAUGUUACAGCUACAUCUUCUCGAAUUCGUCUACGCUUGUCAAACUCCUUCGGGUCCACAGUCCUACCUAUCACAGCUGUCACCCUCGCAAAGCCUUUAAGGGCGAGCAGCGCAGACACUGGCGCAGGAAGUCCAGCGAUCGAUACCACGACGCUGAAGACUUUGACGUUUGGCGGUGCGCCAGGGUUUACAGUGCCAACCGCAGCAUUGGUGGUGUCCGAUCCGGUUGAUAUGGAUGUCGUGGCUGGGACAGAGUUGACCGCGAGCUUGUAUCUGGCCUCGGGGCAAGCGGGGAACGAUAUUACGAGUCACCCUGGGAGUCGCACAACUAGUUGGAUGGGAUUCGGCAAUUUAGUCAACGCGGCAACCUUGCAAAAUGCGCCGUCAGUGCAGAAUACAGCGCAUUGGUUCUUCAUCAGUACUCUGGAUGCGUGGGUUCCGACCAAGCAGAGUACGGUUGCCAUCAUUGGAGAUAGUAUAACGGAUGGAAGGGGGAGUACAACGGACGCGAACAACCGUUGGCCGGAUCUGCUGUUCGCACGACUCCAAUCAUCUGGAGACCCAACCUUAAAGGCACUCUCCUUCGCAAACCAGGCGGCCGGAGGGAAUCGCAUACUCGCAGACGGACUGGGGCCCAAUGUGUUGAGUCGAUUCGACAGAGACGUGUUGGCUCAACCAGGCGUGGAAUUCGUGAUAAUCUUCGAGGGAGUGAACGAUAUCGGUGUGGCAGCGGCUACUGCGCAGGCCCAACAGGAUAUUGGAGACAGACUCAUAUCUGCCUUCAAGCAAAUAAUCGAUCGCUCGCAUGCUGCGAACAUUCCCAUUUUUGGUGCCACUAUCACCCCGUUCAGCGCACCUGGGUUCAGCGCUGCAAUCCAACCGUACUCGAGUUCUAUUCGCGAACAGACGAGGCAGCGAGUGAACGCCUUCAUUCGGGAGAGUAACCUAUUCGAUGCCGUCGUGGACUUCGAUGCCGCUGUCAAGGAUCCUGCGGCGCCUGCUCAAUUGAAGGCUGAAUUCAACUCGGGAGACUUUCUUCAUCUCAGUGUUGCCGGAUACGAAGCAAUGGCUCAAGCAUUCCCUGUAGAAGUAUUCCAGUGA